AUUUGACGCAGUAACGUGUGGGGCGAGUUCAGGGGGGAGGUAAACAAGAUGGCGACAACCUGAGAGGCAAGAGUAGCACGAAUAGUCCGAAAAAAUGCAUUAGUCUUGUGUCAGACGGAGAGAGAAACAGCUUUUUCCGCGGACGGACACUCAGCGGGUGACUUGCUCUGGAAACUGUGGUGACAUGGAGGACACCUAAGAACGGUUCAACAUAUUGGAUGGUCCAGUCAACCUUUGGGAGCUUGAUUGGCACUAGUGGCAGACGCUCCUACUACUCUGAUUGUUGAUCUACAUUUGGAUCAGGCUAUAUACACACUGCAGGAACUAUGUCCAUUUGUAAGGACCUCUGACAGAAAUGUACGGCUCUAAGGUUUCAAAGAAAGACUUGUUGCCUUGACUGGAAGGUGAAUAGUAUUAAAAGCCUAAAUAAAUUAGCAAAACUGUCUCAGUUCAGCAUUAAUCUCAAUAAACCUAGUUCAUAAUGAGCAGUAUUAAGUUCUAGCACAUCACUGGACCCACCUUGUUCUGCACCUUUUUGUUUGUUUUUUUGUUUUUUGUUUUUUACCCCCUGCCCCUGAGUAAAAGGAGCCCUAAUGUUUACAGAUCUCAGAUUGUUCAUCCACCCGUUUCCUGACCCUCAGGCCCUAUUUCCCCUUUAUCUAUUUUCAGUCUUUUUCAUCCUGUUAUUCAUUCAUCCUGUCUAAUGGAUCUACUUCAUUUAGUGCUAAAAGGUUAACAACAAACCACACUUCCGUACCCAUCGUAGCCAUUUGCUAACCAUUGUUGAGCAUAGUGAUUAAGCUGUUGUAAAUCUUGCAAUCAUGAGUGACUGCGACCUGCCUCAUCUUGAGUAUCUAAAUGACAAUGAACUCAUGGAGAUGGAUACUUUCAUUCACCGCAUUGACUCUACCGAGGUGAUCUAUCAGCCACGGAGGAAGAGGGCCAAGAUGAUUGGAAAGUAUCUGAUGGGGGAUCUGCUGGGGGAAGGGUCUUAUGGCAAAGUGAAAGAAAUGUUGGACUCAGAGACACUUUGUCGCAGAGCGGUCAAGAUACUAAAGAAGAAGAAGCUUAGAAGGAUUCCAAAUGGAGAAGCCAACGUAAAAAAGGAAAUUCAGCUGCUAAGAAGACUCCAACACAAGAAUGUGAUCCAGUUAGUUGACGUACUCUAUAAUGAAGAGAAGCAGAAAAUGUAUAUGGUAAUGGAGUAUUGUGUUUGUGGAAUGCAAGAAAUGCUGGACAGCGUCCCGGAGAAAAGGUUUCCAGUAUUUCAAGCUCACGGGUACUUUUGCCAACUCAUAGACGGACUUGAAUAUUUGCACAGCCAGGGAAUCGUUCACAAAGACAUUAAACCAGGAAAUCUGCUGCUGACUACGGAUGGAUCUCUUAAAAUCUCUGACCUUGGAGUCGCAGAGGCCCUUCACCCGUUUGCAGAAGAUGACACAUGUCGUACGAGUCAGGGCUCACCAGCCUUCCAGCCCCCAGAGAUCGCCAAUGGACUGGACACCUUUUCAGGGUUUAAAGUGGACAUUUGGUCUGCUGGAGUAACACUAUAUAACAUUACGACAAGUCUGUAUCCGUUUGAGGGAGACAACAUCUAUAAGCUAUUUGAAAACAUUGGUAAAGGAGACUACACUGUUCCUGAGGAGUGUGGACCCCUCCUGUCAGACCUGCUGAGAGGAAUGCUUGAGUAUGAUCCUGCAAAGAGGUUUUCCAUACAAAAUAUCAGGCAACACAACUGGGUACGGAAGAAACAUCCUCCAUCUGAACGCCCAGUACCCAUCCCUGGCUGCGCAGAGAGCAGGGACCAGUGGCGCAGUAUGACAGUUGUUCCCUACUUAGAGGAUUUGCACGGCUACACAGAGGAUGACGACGACGAGCUCUAUGAUGGAGAGGAUGAGAUCAUUUACACUCAGGACUUCACAGUGCCAGGGCAAGUGGUUGAGGAGUACCAGGAUCAAGGGAAUGCAGACCAUAGCCCAGCAGUAGCCAAGCCAGUUUGUGUGAAUGGGACAGAAGGGGGGUCUCUAAACAGCAAGUCCAAAGCUGAACGCAGGUCUUCCUCCUCGUCGAACCCCUCACGUAAAGGAGUUUCCACAGCCAGCAAAAUCCGCAAGCUCUCCACCUGCAAACAGCAAUGACAGCCCUCUGAUCCUUGUUUUUCCCACAACAGCAGCCCAUCUGGUCAGCCUGUCCUCUGUCCUCUUCCCUUUUUCAUCUGGAGUCUUCACGGCUGGGAAUGAAACUGCUGACACUGACGUGCCCACACCUCCCCGGACCCCUGGCUUGCGUAGUCUUGUUUUAGGGGUCUGGGUUAAGAAGGACGACAUGAGAAGUUCUGUUUGCUCUGAGACUGAGGCCUUUGCUGUGAAGAUGUUUCUUUUCUUUUCUUUUUUUUUCUUGUGUCAUCCGGUUCUGGUUAUUUCCCGCCCUCCCUGUUCUUUCAUCUUCAUCAGAUGGCCAAGUGUUGCACCGGGCGUUUCGGACACCAUCACCCUUCAUCCAGCCCAAACCCCACCCCCCAUUCUCAAUCUGUUUCUCCAGCUACCUUUGUUUUUACUGAACCCUGAUGGCAGUUUUUAAUGCACAUUGUGAUGUGUAAAAUAUUAAAGUGGGGAAAAAAGCAAAUGUAUGGAUAA